CGCCUCUCCCGCCCGCCGCCCCGGCCGCUCCCCGCUAUGCUGCUGCUCGGCGUCCUCUGGGGCUGCUUGCUGACAGCGGUGUAUGCAGAACUGACCACCGCAUGCAGAGAAAAUCAGUACCCACUGAACAAUCAGUGCUGUGAUUUGUGCCCGCCAGGAAAGAAGUUGGUGAAUGAAUGUACCGAGUUCGCCCAGACAGAUUGCCUGCAGUGCGGCAGAGGUGAAUUCUCAGAUACCUGGAACAGAGAGACCCGCUGCCACCAGCACAGAUACUGCGACUCCAAUCUAGGGCUCCAGUUCCUGAGGAAGGGCACAGCGGAGACAGAUGCAGUCUGUACCUGUGAGAAGGGCCUGCACUGUCUGGGCCGUGCUUGCGAGAGCUGUGAGCUGCACACGCUGUGUGGCCCUGGCUUUGGAGUCAAGCAGAUUGCUACAAAGAUGACUGACACAGUCUGUGAACCCUGCCCUGUCGGCUUCUUCUCGAAUGACUCAUCUGCUUCUGAAAAGUGUCGACCCUGGACAAGCUGUGAAGCCAAAGACCUGGUGGUGCUGCAGCAAGGAACGAAGCACUCUGAUGUUAUCUGUGGUCCCCAGUCUCGGAGCAGAACCCUGGUGGCGAUCCCUGUCGUGAUCGGCAUCCUGUGCGCUGUCUUCGUGGCGUCUGUCUAUAUCAGUGAGUCUUCAGGAAAGGAAGCUAAGAAGCGGAAGGCUAAGGCCCUCCAUCCUCAGAACAUAUGUCAGGACCCCGUGGAGAUGGAGGACAUCUCUGGCCACAACCCCGCAGCCCCGGUGCAGGAGACCAUGCACGGCUGCCAGCCCGUUACCCAGGAGGAUGGCAAAGAAAGCCGCAUCUCAGUGCAGGAGAGGCGGUGAGGCUGCGUCUGCGUGGGAUGGGGCGUUCGCACGGGUGCCGCCCCUGUGGCUGGAGAGCUGGGAGCUGCUGCGAGCUGACUGCCUGAAGACAAGGGGUGGGCACUGGCGUAGCCACGCCUUCUCUGCCGGAACCCCUCAGGUUUGAGAAGCCCCAGCACAGACACAGACCACAGAUCACCUUCUAGAACUUUCCUGCCUCUCCUGGAGCCAUCCAGACUCUACACUUGCUUUUUGAAGGUGGAGGAAUACAGGGUGUGUGUGGGGCACCAAGUAGCACCCAUGACACCUUCCGACCCAGCCCAGCUGGUCAGUACUCAGAGACAGAUCUUGAUGCAGCAGCGCGUGGGAGGCUGGAAGUCAGGGACGGGCCCAACUCACUGCCAAAAAGGCAGGUUGUCGGUACAGAAACUUUAAAACACCAUGUAUACACUAUAUUAGAGUAUAUGUAGUGUAUGACAGUGUAUGCAAUAUAGCGUGGUAUAUGUACACUGCUGCAUAGUUAUGUAAGGAUAUCUGUGGGUAUAGGUAUGAUACAAUAUAUAUAUAUAUAUGUAUAUAUAAUUUAUGGAGGCAAAAUAACAAAAAUAACCAUUUAUGUAGGCUCUGGAAAGACGCACUGAAAACUUAAAACUCGAGAGUGGUAAUGUCUGGGCCAAGGGAGGCAUAGCUUUCCCAUAAUGCUUCAUUGUUUUUUUUUUUUCCAAAGGAGAGUAAAUUGGCAUAAUGCAUAUGUAAUUAAAAAAUCAUCAAACAAAAAAAAUCAUCAAACAUGUAGAAAGAAAACCAGGGGUGGACAUGCUAGGUGACAUGAGCUGUUUAAUUUGCUGUCAGCCUCUCAGAAUGAGGGCAUUUUCUGAGAUAAAGCAUGUCCUCCGGCUGCUGCCCCUUAGGGCAGUUCCAAGUGUGCUCACAUUUGGUAUCAGCUUUGUUUAAAAAAAAAAAUUCUCCCACUUGACUCCAGUCCUCGCAGACAGCCUUCCCAGGCAGACGGGGUCUGCAUCUCUGCUUCUUUUUACAGAGGGAGAAAACAUGGGGAGAUGGGGGUGGGGCAGGGGGCAUGCCUGUAGCUCAUUCCAGUGACUAGCUACUCAGGAGGCUGAGAUCUGAGGACCAGGAUCCGAAGGCAACCAGAGCAGGAAAGUCCAUGUGACUUUUAUCCUCACCUGACCUCUCUAAAACCAGAAGUGAAGCUGCAGCACAAGUGGUAGAACACUUGCUUGGAGUGAAAAAGCUGAGGGACAGCACCCAGGCCUUGAGUUCAAGCCCCAGGACCUGCACUGACCCUCUGGAAUCUCUGUGUCUAGCUCCUUACAGGGAGAGGCUGGGACUUCCAAUGCCUUCUGACCUCCCCUCUGCUCCCUUUCCCCGCCCCCAGCAGCAUCCCAGGAUAAAAAUAAACCGCCCUGUUCUCUUUUCCUAUUGUGCCAACUGAGCCUAGUCAGGAGGAGCAGCAGAUGGAGUGGGAGCAGAGGGGAGGGGAGGAGGGCCGGAGGACAAGGGGGUGGAGGGAGAGCCAAUCAAAGUGCCAUCCAAAGGCCAGACACAAAGACCGAGAGUGGCCGGUGUUAACCCAGGGAUCCCAGCCUUUCCCAGUGAGAAGCUGCUUUGGAUUUCUCCCCAAGCCCUGUGAACUGGAGGCUAGGGGUGAGGAGCACUUGCCCCAGUGGUGGCUAUAAGGGCAGCUAGGAGCCAAGAGACGGGCACCCGCUUGGCAGGCUUCCCAGAAGCGUUCUGAGGACCAUUUGGAGGCACCAGGUGGAAGCCUGUAGUGCAGAAAGUGGAGCAAGGUGGAGGCGUGGGGAGGGGGAAUGUUGGGGCCUCAUCUCCCUCUGCCACCUAGAUCCCAGGCAAGUGGAGCUCAGGCCUGUGUGGUGGAGAGAGGCACCAGACCCUCGUCUGCCCAAGUCCCAGGCUCCUCUUCUGUGAGAUUGUAGAUCUUCUGAUCAUGGCUACCUGGGAAACGGUGGCCAGCCUCGUGGCCAGUGUGGUUGGUCCUGUGUUUCCUCCUAAGUCAGAGGUGCUUGGUUGGCCUGAAGCAGCAGCAGAACCACCUGUUAGGGGACAGCUUGCUGGGCCUCACUGCCAGUGCAUUGGCUCAGCAAGUCUGGGACAGGGAUCAAGAAUGUGCACUUCUAGCAAGUUCCCCGAGUGUGACUGAAGCUGCUGUCCAGGGAUCACACUUUGAGCUUCCAUGUGGCUGCUUAAGCAGCUAAUAAUGUCUGCUGCUGGCCUUGGAUGGCUGGGCUUGGAGCUGCCCUGGUUUGAAAGGUGUGCUUGGUGAGCGUGUAGGCCUGGUAUGUGCCUGGGAGACUGAGUUCCUGGGAGCACGCUCUCAGUCAACCUGGGGUGCAGGAUGAACACCCCAUGCUCCGUGUCCUUUGGAGGGAAAAGUCGAGGGGGGUGGGGAAUGCGUUCUGGGCCCCAUGCAGCCAUAGGUUAUAUACUAUUACCUUUCUAUAUUUGCUUUACUAAUAAAUUUUCCUGUUUUCUA